UGAAAUCCCACAGAAAGAUGAUCCCAUUUCUGCAGAAACGGAAAGUCUUUACUGAAAGCAAGUCAUUGUUUGAUGAGCUUCUGGAAGUGCAACAUUUCCGCACCAUCUACAACGUAUUUGUGGCAGUACUCUGUAUCUUCGUUCUUAGGGCAGUCCUUGUGGAUUUCAUCGAUACAGGACGCAUUUUCCUUGAUUUUGAAGUGAUGGUCUUUGCUUUUGGACGGCUACACAUGACAUUCUUGCCUUGGCUCGUCAUGUUCCUCUACACCUUAUUGGUGCCCUAUCAAGUCCUGCAAAUCUGGGUCAACCUUUUGAAGACACUCCAGAUGUCCACUUUCCUCACAAUCAUUGGAGCAGUGGUGUUGCUGAUCGGCCAUGCUACUGUUUUGGGCUUCUAUCCUGUCUACACUCUCAUUUCACAGCCUUUAGGGCCUGCCUCCUGUUGCAUCAUUACCUUCGAGCAGAUCCGGUUCCUGAUGAAAAGCUAUUCCUUCCUGCGGGAAACUGUGUCUCCAAUCCUUCAGGCCAGGUCACUUGAUGGGAAGCUGCAGUUACCUCCAUUCUCUACUUAUCUGUAUUUUCUCUUCUGCCCUACUUUGAUCUACAGGGAGAACUAUCCAAGGACCCCCUGUGUUCGAUGGAGGUAUGUCAUCGAGAACUUUGCUAAGUUCCUGAUCUGCCUGUUUUAUGGAGCUAUGCUCCUCAAGUGCUUCACAAUUCCUAUCUUCAGCAACAUGAAUAAGCAGCCCCUCACCUUCCGAAGUUUUGUGCUGAUUGUCUUCAGUGCAACAUUGUUCGCAUUAUAUUUGAAAAUUCUGAUUUGUUAUGCCUUUCUCCAUUGUUGGUUUAAUGCCUUUGCUGAAAUGAUGCGAUUUGCUGACCGCACUUUCUACAAGGACUGGUGGAAUGCCACAUCUGUCUCUGCAUUCUUACGGAACUGGAAUGUGAUAGUACAUGAUUGGCUGCACUGUUAUAUCUAUCAGGACCUUCUGUGGAUAUUCAAAUCAAAGGCCCGGACUGUGGCAGUGUUGUCUACCUUCAUUGUUUCAGGCGCUUUGCAUGAAUAUGUCUUCAUGAUGAGUCUUGGCUUCUUCUACCCGCUUCUGUCCAUAUUCUGGUUUAUUGUCAUCUCAACAGAGAUCUUGGGAAUGCCCAAAUCAAACAUCAUAUUAUGGAUGUGUAUUCUGUUCGGUGUAGCACUUCUGUUCUCCAUGCAAUCCCUAGAAUGGUAUGCACGAAUCCACUGUCCAGUCCAGAAGAGUACAUUCUGGACAAGAGUAACCCCACGUACUUGGUCCUGUUAUUCCUAGGCCAUAACAACUCCCGGCUGAUCUUUCAAAACGUUAUUGCUCCUCUCUGCUCCUGUCACAAGAAAUAUAAUGUGCAGAUUUGAUAAAUGUGGAUUUAAUAUGUGUGGGUAUGAAUGGAAUUGUAUGAAAGAUGAAUGAAUAACAUCUAAUAAUUUUUGAGACAGUGUUCUAAGAGAUUAAGGCUGCAAUGACUAACUACCGGCUUGCUAGACUGUAAUUAAAAAGUUGCUAAUGAGAACUGAAAAGUAAACUGUGAUAAGAACUGUGACAA